GAAGAAAGAGAGAGAAGAAAAGAAUGAUGAGGAUGCAGAUGACAUGAUGACAACAACAUGCCACAAAUCCACGCACACACACACGCGCGCAGCAACAACAACGACGAUGGUGAUGAUGAUGAUGGGAAGAGCGGUGGUGGCGGCUGCCAGAACAUCGAUGAGUGCGGCGCGGGCACCAGGCCGCGUUGCUGCGAGUGCAACUGUGGCGCGGAGAGCCAUGGCGACCUUUGAGCGACCACCGGAGAAUGCGGGCCGCACCAUGACUAUGAAGUUUGUGUGGGCGCUGGGUGCGCUUCUGGUCAUCAACACGACCAUUGGCAUCGCCUACUUUGCAACACACACGGACGUGGAACCCAACAAGGAGGUGUUGUCACCGCGCGUGCGUCGCAGCCGCGAGGAGAUUGAGGCAGAGAUUGCCGCCACAGGCGACUACCGAAGAUACAAGCGAUAGCGUGUGUGUGUCUGUUCGUGUGUCUACCUGUGUAUCUGUGUGCCUGUGAUUGUGUGGUACUGUCUGUCUGUCUCUCUGUCUCUCCGUGAUUGUCUGUCUGUCUCUCUUCUCUGUCUCUGUCUCUGUCUCUGUGCCCCUCUGUCUCUCUGUGGCCGUCUGCCGUGAGACUGUGGCAUGUAGUGUCGAGCCUCCCCCACCCCCCUCCGAAGCUGCCCCUUCUUGUGACGAGCGGUGCAUGCGCUGCCAUCUGCCACGUGUUUUGUUUGCCCUGACCAGCCCAAUGCAUGGCAGUAGUGCGCCGCUUGCCACCACCUUGUACAUAUCCGUUGUGGUGUACACGCACCUGCCCAGCUGCUCGUCACGUGUGUCUUUCCUCCCCUUGCUCUCUUCCUGGCUGCUGCUGCUGUAGCUGUUGUUGUGGCCUCGCUUUGUUGUAAGCAACUCCAUCCCACGUGCCCAUGUCACGUCUCUCCCUCCUCUCCCCCUCACUCUCUUCUUAGUGGCUUCAUCUUGCUUGGAGUACAGGAAACGACUGCGCGAGUGGUGAGCAUCGCUUGACAUCUUAUAUGGCUGGUACAUUCAGCCUUGCUUUCGCG